CCUAUCUUGUGAGACUCGAAACUUUGAUAUAUAGGUCAUUUCAUCCCCCCUGUUGACUUUACUUUUGAACGUUUUGGACUUUUGCUCAAAGACUUAAUACCUUCCUCUCACAAACCCAACCAUUUUGUGCCCUAGUACACGCUAUCGCAUUCAUUGUGUUUGUUUUUUUUUGCCCAGAUCUUUUAUAGGGGGAAAUUUUAGAAUUAUCAACAUUAACGAAAAGAAUUUCAAAGUUGUUUUAAUUAAAAGUAUCCACGACAUAUUAUGCGUAAGGAGCUCAAAUAUAUCAUCGGGGCCCAUGUGGCGUUGAUUCUCUUCCUAGUGUGGCAAACUUUUGAUCUCAUCACUCUUUUACAUGAUGAUUCUUUUCAGGAUGCUCUUUUAGAUGUUGACCUUAAUCCUCCAAAUGGAGUGUUAGAAAAGCCAGCUCUUAUCCCAAAGAUCAUUCAUCAGACUUAUAAGACUGAUCAAAUUCCUGAAAUCUGGAAACCUGGUCAAAAAGCAUGUGUAGACUUACACCCGGACUAUCAAUACAUCUUAUGGUCUGAUGAAAUGGCUCGUGAUUUCAUUGCCCAGGAAUACCCUUGGUUUUUAGAACAAUGGGACUCUUACCCAUACCCUAUCCAACGUGCUGAUGCUAUCCGUUAUUUUGCCCUCGUACAUUAUGGUGGGAUUUAUAUCGAUUUGGAUGAUGGUUGUGAACGUAAAUUGGACCCAUUGCUUACUGUUCCAGCAUUUGUUCGUAAGACUGAACCUACUGGUAUUUCCAAUGAUGUCAUGGGUUCCGUUCCUCGUCAUCCAUUCUUUUUGAAGGUUUUGGACUCUUUAACUCCUUACAAGAAGAAUUGGCUUAUUCCUUACCUCACUAUCAUGUAUUCUACUGGUCCACUCUUCUUGUCAGUUGUUUGGAAACAAUAUAAACGUUGGGGAGUUCCUGAAUCUGGAAAGGUUCGUAUCUUACUCCCUGAAGAUUAUAAGACUCACACUUACUCGUUUUUUGCUAUUGCUCCAGGUUCAUCUUGGCAUCUUGAUGACGCAAAGUUCAUUAAGUCCUUGGGUCAUCACAUCGGCUUAGCUGUAGUGGGUGGAUUCCUCAUUGCAGCACUUGUGUUUUAUUUGGAAUAUCUUCUUUACUCAUUUGCAAUUUCAAGUCAUGCUAAGAAAUUAGGUAAGAAAUUGAGAUCUUACUUGUGUUUCUGGAACUGGGGCAUUUUUAGAUCCAAAACUAAUACUAGCAUUAAACGUAGAACUAGAAAGGAUUCGAACUUACCUCCUCAAAUCGAACAAAUCGAUCCUGAGAAAUACGAACAACAACAACCACUUAAUCCUGAGAAUAUUGUUUAAUAUCUCGGGCACGAAACGUUAACGAAUUAAUUAAUACAUAAAC